UACUUCACACGCCUCCGUUUACCUGGCAGAGCGGCCGAGACGGUACAGUGAUGAGAGGGGAUACAGACAGAGGACCACAGUCCCACUCACUGCCACAACACCGUCCACCCAAAGGGAUCUAAGGUCCAGAACAGCGGCCAAUAACCCAUUGCACUCCGUUUGCUGUCUCCGAAGAAACCAGUCAGUCAAACUCCUGAAGAUACCCAGAGACAGACAGAGAGAGAGAGAUGGAGAUGUUCGCCUGUAUCUUAUCUGUGGCUGUUAUAUUCCCCUCACUGGUCGCCCAGAGAACAGAGCCAAUCUUCACAGCCAUCACUGACACUGUGCUACCCCCCGACUAUGACAACAACCCGACCCAACUCAACUAUGGAGUGGCCAUCACUGAUGUGGACAACGAUGGGAAUCUGGAGAUCGUGGUAGCAGGGUUCAAUGGGCCAAAUCUGGUCCUGAAAUACGACCGAAUGAGGGAGAAGCUGCACAACAUCGCCGUGAACGAGCCCAGCUCCCCUUACUAUGCCCUCCGUGACCGCCAGGGUAACGCUAUCGGCGUGGCGGCCUGUGACGUGGAUGGAGACGGCAGGGAGGAAAUCUACUUCCUCAACACUAACAAUGCAUUUUCAGGCAUGUCUACCUACACAGACAAACUCUUCAAGUUCCGCAAUGGGAGGUGGGAAGACAUUCUGAGCGACAAGAUCAAUCUCGAGCGUAAGGUGGCAAGUCGCUUCGCUGGGCGGUCAGUGGCGUGUGUGGACAGACAGGGCUCUGGCCGGUAUUCCGUGUAUGUGGCCAACUAUGCCAACGGUAACGUGGGGCCUCACGCGCUGAUUGAGAUGGACGAAGCCGCCAGCAACCUGUCACUGGGCAUCAUCGCUCUCUCCAAUGUGGCGGCCGAGGCCGGAGUGGACAAGUACACGGGAGGGCGAGGCGUGGUGGUGGGCCCCAUCGUGAGCCACAACAGGUCCGACAUAUUCUGCGACAACGAGAACGGCCCCAACUUCCUGUUCAAGAACAACGGGGAUGGGACGUUCACAGACAUAGCGGCCCAGGCCGGGAUCGAUGACCCCUAUCAGCAUGGCCGUGGACUGACUCUUGCCGACUUUAACCGGGACGGGAAAGUGGAUGUGGUGUACGGGAACUGGAUGGGACCACAUCGCUUCUUCCUGCAGAGCAGUGUGAACGGAAGAGUCCGAUUUAGGGACGUGGCCACUCAGAUGUUUGCCAUGCCAUCGCCAGUGCGGACGCUGAUUGCCGCUGACUUUGACAACGACCAGGAGCUCGAGGUCUUCUUCAAUAACAUCGCCUAUCGGGGCUCGUCCGCCAACCGGCUCUUCAGGGUGGCGCAGAGGGACGGGCUGGACCCACUGAUUGAGGAGCUGAACCCAGGAGAUGCUGCUGAGCCCACAGGGCAAGGAACAGGAGCGGUGACCACUGAUUUUGACAGGGACGGUCUGCUGGAUCUGAUUAUUUCUCACGGAGAGUCCAUGGCUCAACCUCUGUCCGUCUUCAGAGUGAACCAGGGUUCUGACAACAAAUGGCUGCGGAUCAUCCCACGGACGCGGUUUGGGGCGUUUGCCCGUGGGGCAAAGGUGGUGCUGUACACCAGGAAGAGCGGGCCACACCUGCGCAUCAUUGACGGAGGCUCUGGCUACCUGUGUGAGAUGGAGCCCGUGGCCCACUUCGGACUAGGUAAAGAUGACGCCACACACCUGGAGGUGACCUGGCCAGAUGGGAGGUUUGCCUCUCGUGCCAUCGCCCAGGGUGAGAUGAACUCUGUGCUGGAGAUCAAGUACCCACAGGAGGGGGCACAGCUCAGAGCCACGCAGAUCCAGUGUGGUGAAGGAUUUAUUGCUGAUGAAAACAGCCGAUGUGUAGAUGUGGACGAGUGUGUCCAGUUUCCCCCAGUGUGCUCCAGGGACAGGCCCUUCUGCAUUAACGUGUACGGAGGCUACAGAUGUCGCCACAACAGGAAAUGCAAGCGAGGCUAUGAACCCAAUGAGGACGACACUGCCUGUGUAGCUCAGAUCGCCUACUUUGGAGGGAGUUCCUCGACAGCAGGAAGAGCGCAGGUCUGUGGGUUGUCCGCUGUCACUGUGCUGCUCGGCCUCUUGCACUGGCUUCAGGCCUGAGGUCUGGCUCCGUCCUUCCAUCUCAGGCCCAGCAACAACUGUGUCCUCAGAACUCUCUGUCUCCUACUGCCGAGAGCGUCGAUCGUGGCUCAGAGUUUUCGAGAGACCGUGUCCAACAUUUUCAGUCAGUCAGUCAGUCUCGUCUGGUUUAUUUGCGGUCGGUCCGAAUGAGCCUUUGUAACCGUUUCAAGUCCGAUCUUUGUGCUUUCCUGGAUCGAGAACAUCGAAUCCCGGUUUAUUUUCGAAAGGUAAAAAAAAUUCCCGGUUGUCGUUCCGUUUGUGACGGAAUCUGCUUGGCGCGAUCCC